CACGACGGUAAAAGAAUCGAGGUACCCAUCUCUAGUAACGGCACGAAGAAGUUGGAGGUACCGGAAGAGAGAGACCAGCCCGGUAGCGAUAGUGGGGACGAAUUCGGCGAAUAUACCUAUGAAGAUGAAGAAUUGGUCGAAGCGGAAGGUUACUACACAGAAGAAGCCAUCGACGAAAUAGAAGAAUUGUUCUAUAACCCGUGGGAAGGAUCCACUAGUCCGGCCUUGUACUUGACGAACGUUGAGGAAAUGCCUACGAGGGAAGACGAAGAACCCGAACUCACCGUAGAAGGAAGAAUCGAACAGUUCCUCCAAAACGAAACCCUUAAUACAGAAGACAAGAGUAAAGCGGCAGCGUUCUUUCGACGAGAAAGGACCCUGUUCGCAAGCGAUAUACAGGAACUUGGAGAAACUAACGUGAUAACCCAUCGAAUCGAGACCGGCAUAGCCAAGCCAAUAAAACAAAAGGCGUAUAGGGCAGCACCAAGCGAGCACGAAUUCAUCGAGAGGGAACUAAAAGAGAUGGAAAAAAGAGGGUUAAUUAGAAAGUAUAUGGCGAUAAAAGAAAGUGGUAAAGAAGAAUUAGUAACGGAAAACGUCGAAGAACAAGCAAACGAAAAACAACCUAACUUACCCAAGUUCGAAGAGCAUCUUGCGUUAGAAGUCUUGGAUAGAAGGAAAGCCAUCUACACCAUCGAAUUCCACGGAUUCAACCUGAUAGCGUCAGAACCAAGACAAUUGUUAGUAUUAAGAGAUUGGGUUAUUACAGGAGCGGAACAAGAAUUGAUUAGAAGGGAAUACUUACGCAAUACCGGAAUCGACUUGGGAUACACCGAACCGUUAAACUUGCAAGAAAUCAAAAAGGAGAAAAACGCCAACUGGAGGGGCGACCGAAAAGUGGUUACGUUGGAAAGCGGAUGCGUCGAAUCACGAAUGAUAUCCCUAGCCGAAUAUAGCCAAUUAGGGAAACGACAUCGUGAUUCUUCAGGAAAUUACUGA